UAUGUCUUAACCUCGCCGCUGUCGCUCAUCUCUCCACACCACACUCAUCAUCUUCUUCUACAAUUUCAGCUUAACUCACUUGUCGAAUUUUUGAGUCUUUGUACCUCCAUCCAUAACUUUGGGUGGGCAAUUUCACCCAAAAAGCCUCAGACAAUCAAGAUGGACAAUGCUAGUGGGACAGUGAAUGAACCUGCUAAUGAUUCCACCACUCCACCUAACAAUAAACCUGCAAGUGCACCCAGUUUAACAAGUGGUAAAGUUUUAUCUGAGAAGUGGACCAAUGUGAGUCCAAAUACAAUAGAAGCAUUAAUUUGCUUGAAAGAUUGGGCCUUAGCAAAUUCAAGGAUGCAAGAUCCCGCACAAGAUGAGCAACGUGCAGAAGAAUUAAUGAACAUUAGAGCAUCAAGAUCGGAUUGGAUGGCAGCUAGUGAAACGGUCGAGAGUGAAUCUGAAAAUGAGACAAUUGAGAGUUGAAUUGAUGUGUGAUAGGACACCCCCUUGACAUGGCAUAUGUGUUUGGAAUGCUAUGAUUUUUAUUGUAGUUCAGACUUCGAUAUUUAUUAUUAUCAAGUUUCAGACUUUGAUUUUUACGAAGGAUUGUUGUACGUUUCUGAUUUUUGUAAGAAUGGAAUUUAUCUUGCUA